ACAACACAACUCUAUAAAUACUGGUCCUUUUGUGUGAACCAUCUCUGAACUCUUGGGGAAUAGCUCGACUCCUCGGGACCUGUCUGUACUCAGGUUGGAGUGUGUGAUACUCAGGUUGACGUGUGUGAGGUCAGGAACAAUCAGUGGACAGUGUGUGUGUGAGGAACUAUUCAGUCAAGAUGGUUUCCCAGGGGAUCCAGAUCAUGGGCAUCAUCAUGUCGUUGAUCGGCUGGUUGAUGGUCAUCAUUGUGUGUGCCCUGCCUAUGUGGAAGGUCACAGCCUUCAUCGGAGCCAACAUCGUCACGGCCCAAACCAUCUGGGAGGGAAUGUGGAUGAACUGUGUUGUGCAGAGCACUGGCCAGAUGCAGUGUAAGGUCUACGACUCCAUGCUGGCACUACCCCAGGACCUCCAGGCCGCCAGAGCAAUGAUCAUCAUCUCCAUCCUGACAGGUAUCUUCGGCAUCUGCCUGUCGAUUGCAGGGGGGAAAUGCACCAACUGCAUAGCAGAGGAGGGAUCCAAGGCUAGAGCCUGUAUUGUGGCUGGAGUCCUCUACAUCAUCUCAGGCAUCCUCUGCCUCAUCCCAGUGUCCUGGUCAGCCAACACCAUCAUCAGGGAUUUCUACAACCCCAUGCUGAUCGAGGCCCAGAGGAGGGAACUGGGGGCGUCUCUGUAUAUAGGCUGGGGUGCUGCAGCACUGCUGCUGAUGGGAGGGGGGCUGCUGUGCUGGAACUGUCCCCCCAAGCAGGACCGCCACUAUCCGGCCAAGUUCUCUCAGGUCAGAUCCACCUCCUCCGGACCCAUGCAAUAUGUCUGAGAUGUUCAUGUCAGUGUCAUGUUAAGAUCUACUUAAUCAAAUUGAAUUUAAAUGAGGACACUAAAGACAGUUCUCAUAACAAAAACUGUGAGAGUUUUAAAUCACAAAGAACUUGAAUGGGUUUGUUGAGUUAAAAUAAUGUUACGAGUUAUGUUAUAAUUAUAAUAUAAGUAUUUUAGUUUUUUUUAAACAGCUGAUGUUCUCUACUACUGAAGUACCUUGUUAAUAUCCUUUAAUGUCAGAUUAAAUCCAUGAGGUUAGGAAUACUGUAUAUCAAGUUAUGUCUCCAUUUUGGCACUGUCUUAACAUUGUUCCUGUGAUUAAAACAAGUGUGUCAUUAUUGUAAAUAAACUGUACAAUAUAAAUAUAA